AUGGAUUACGUGUACACGAUAUUCAACAACUUCAAGUACUUUUACAAUUCAAUGAACCCGGCUACAUUAUCAGGUAGGUGUUUUACUUUGUUUUUUCAAGUUUUAGGUUGAACAUGGUGUUUGAAGACGAAAUGUUGGAUUUUAAAUAUUAAGAGUAGGCUUAGAAUGUUGUUUUUGGUUGUUAAAAUAAUAAGAUUUUUAAAAAGUUGAGGGAAAUGACUAAAAUUUAUGUUAUACAUGACUUGAUUUGGUAUCUUGCUGAAUUUUUAAGUUUUUGAAGCCAAUUCUUAUGGAAAGCAAAGACAUUUUUAAAACAUUAAAUUAGCAUUCUAAUUGACGUUUCAAAAAUGAUUUUAAAUAAAAAUGACCGCUCAAAAAUUUUUAACGGCCUAAAACGAUAAAAAAAUACCAAGUACAAUAUAAAAAUGAAGAAAAGUUGAACUUUUGAAUAGUAAAGGUCAAUGAAAUCUUUUAAAACAUUAAGCACGGUGACUACACAUUACAGCCAAUGUUUUAAAAGUAACUUGGUUGUAAAUUUUUAUUUCAGUGCGAUAUUAUACAUCAAAUUGUACUGGAUUAGAGCUUUUGAAGGCUUGGGCUUUGGUCGAUUAAAAUUUGAGAUAUUUUUAUAAAAUCUUGAUGAUGACGUAUUUUUUGAUUGAUAAGCAUAUCAUUUUAGUAUUAUAAGGUUUUGAUAUUUGAUUUUUGGGCUAUUUUGGUGAAAAAGACCUUGUUUUAGGUAUAUGUUUAGGUUUGAGGUUUGAAAAAUAGAUUUUUUAAAUAUUUCAAUAAAAAAAUCAUUUUAGGAGCCAUUGAUGUGAUAGUAGUUGAACAACCAGACGGCUCAUUACUAUCUACACCGUUUCACGUCAGAUUUGGUAAGCUGUCAGUGUUCAACAGCGACGAGAAGUUUGUCGAUAUUCAAAUCAAUGGCAGUGACAUAGCCAACAUCAAGAUGAAGUUGGGCGAUAAUGGGGUUUGUUUCUUCGUGGAAGAAGUUGAGGACACAGAAGACCUUCCAGAAUACUUGGCCACGUCUCCAUUGCCAGUUACGAGUGAAAGUGAGGCAGAAAACAAACCGACCGGUCGAGCAGAGGUAAAACAACAAAGAGAGGUGAAGCCACAGCCAAGAAGGACGAGGAAACGAGCUGGGAAGGGGGAAAAGUAAGGAAAAUGAUUUGUUAGGUUGGCUAAAAGUUUUUUUCGUUUUUUAUGCUGAAAAAGUUAAUAAAAUUACGACAAAACUUUUUAAAAGGCCGAAAAUUUAAAAAAUUCUCAUUUUCUAAGUUUUAGCUAAUCUUCAAAGCCUAAAACAAUACUUUUCAGAAGCAAAAAACAAGAUUCAACACCAAAGAAACAGUUCUUCCCAGCCCAAGAAGAUAUCAACCCAAAGAAGCGCCUUCCCUUCUCAAGCUCCAUCUUCUCAUGCCGAAAAUACCGAUCUCUCCCGGAUCUAUCGUUCAUUGCCCAGAAUCGUGAAGAGGAAUCAAGUCAAAAAUCAUCGCCAAAGAAGAGUGGCCACAAGAGAAAGCUGACUUUUGGCAAUAUCGACCGAAAUGCUGUCGAAAUGAACAAUCGGUAAGGUUUGGGUAGUGUAAUAUAGGUUUUUGAUUGUUGAUGAAGGGUUAGGGGUGUUUUUUGGUUUGAGGGGGUGUUUUAAUAGAAGGAGUAGGGUAUUAUGGAUGUGUGAUAUUAAUCACGGUUAAAACUUUUGACAUUUAAUAUUGUUUUUGAUUCAGUUUAGGUGUUGGGGUCAAGAUAGGUAGUGUAACAUAUGUUUUUUGUUCUAGAAGAGGUAGAACUCAAAUUUAUAGUCUUUUAGGUUGGAAUAGAAAGAAUAGUGUCUUGGUAACGUAUAUACAUAGAUUUUUUAAUUAAUAUAUUACCUAAACUAUCAUUUAUAGAGCGAUUUCCCACUCCAAAUCGGCUAUUUUGCCAGUUCAAUCGGAAGAAGAACAAGAAAAAGCCCGAAGAGAACAACUAGAACGCACUAAAAUGUACAUUGAUGAUUCCGAUUCUGACGGCGACGACACUAACAUGUCGUCUUCACAACGCCCCAUAUCGGAUAUUGCGGAUGGCGCACUGUCAGACUCGGAAAUCGACCGUCAACGCUACGAUGUCCACAACGAUCCGGAAUGGAAGUGGGGAGAAUACCCGGAAACGAAGAAGUCACAGGAAAAAAGUGGUCGAAAAAAGGAUAAAGAAGAGGUAUGUUUUUAGAUUUGAGAGUUUUCAAUUUUUGACAAAAUGUCAAAAAAUUUAUUGGUUUUUUGGAGGAAAGAGAACGAAAUGUCACAUUUUGAAGGGAUUUACUGUAAAAAUAAAAAAAAUAUUUGUGAAUUAGAGGUUAAAACAGUUACUAUGAUGAAAAAUUUGAUUUUUGGAAGAUUUUACGAAAUGCCACAAAAAUUAUUGAUUUUUCAAAAAUUAGACGAAAUGUCACAUUUUUUCUAAAUUUUGAAAAAUAUAUUGUUUUUAAUACUGAAAAUUGGAUAUAUAAACAUUUUUUUACUAAUAUAAUUUUUUUAGCAAAAACCCGGAGGCUGGAGCUGGUUCCGUUGGCGCUCAAGAGCCCCAGACGACCAGAAAGAGGAAGAAGGUGUACCACUAAGCGCCCUAAUCGAAAAUGGCUCGCAGAUGGACCCAUCUAAAUUAGAAAAAUACUUUGGUACAUCAUGCGCUUCGUCACAAGCUUCAGGAGUGGAUUCAGGCCAAGGUGUGAGCACCGCCACUUCUCCAGCUAGCCCAAUGGGAAUGUCGAUGGAGAGCUUGGUCGAUGAAAACGGUUGUCCAACAACGGCGUCGACUAGUCAAGAGGCGAAAAAGAAGCAUGUGAGUCGACAUUUUUUUGUAGUUUUUAAUUUUGUGAGGAUUGGGGUUGGAAUUGAAAAGUUGACGAAAUGUCACAAUCAGUUUACAUUUCGUCAGUUUUAAAAUUUGUUGGUUUUUCUUGGGUUUGUUGAUGAAAAAUGAUUAGUUAUGGGCUUUAAAUGUGUUUUUAUGAGUUAUAUGGUUUUUUGUUUAAUUAGGACGAAAUGUCACAUUUUUUAUUGAUUUUUAAAUUGUGAAAAUUUUUUUGAAACUUUUUAACUUUUUCGAAUUUUUUAGACAAUGACAAACCAAGAAAUCAAAAAAGCGUUGAAAAAGGAGGAGAUAAUCGAAAAAGAGCUGCUAGCCACCCCCAACACCGAGCCCGACACUCCCCAAGCCGAACAAGCCCAAAAGUCCCUAGCCCAAGACCUAGAGAAGGACCACAAAGACCUAGAAACCACGCCCACGAAACAACGAAGCAUUAGUGGCACCUCCAUCGGCAGUGACAUGAGUUCGGGCGAUGAGGAAGUGGCCGAAUACUUUUAUGGCACCUCCCCCAACGCUGACGGCCGACCGGUCAGAUUCAAACGAACGUUGAGGUUAGAGUCGGAGAAGUUGAAGAAGUUUGGCCUGGAAUACGGAUCGAAUGAGGCUCGAUUCUCAAUUACUACGAAGUUUCAGGUAAGGGAGGAAGGCUCUUUUUUAGAGGGAGGAGGGGUGGUUUUUUGGGGCAAGGGACUUACCCUCUAUUUUCCGUUUUACCCUCCAUUUUCCAGGGCACCGCCUGGUGUUCAUGUCACAUUUACCUCCUAAAGUGGUCCGAACGCCUCGUCAUCUCCGAUAUCGACGGCACAAUCACUCGCUCCGACGUCCUAGGCCAUGUCAUCCCAGCCAUCGGCGGAACCUGGGCCCACGCCGGUGUAGCCGAACUCUACACACGAAUCAAGACCAACGGCUACAGAAUGGUCUAUUUGUCAUCAAGAGCCAUCGGGCAAUCACAUUACACCAAAACAUACCUACAAAGCAUCGCCCAAGGCUCGAAAAUGCUACCGGAUGGCCCAGUCCUCUUGUCGCCAACUAGCGUUCUGAUGGCUUUUAGGAAGUAGGUGGUUUUGUGUUUGAAUAUAAGGUUGAAAAGGGACAGCAGUGUGUGGUCAUGAGUUUGGCAGGGGUGAUUUUUCUGUUUUAUGACUGGUUUUGGAGUGAGAGUUGGGUCCCGGCACGAAAACUUGAUUUUUCGAGGGAAUUUUUACCUUUUAUAUUGAUAUGGGGUUUAUUGUACAAAUUAAAGCCUGAUUUUCAUUUUUAGUACGACUUACUAAUUUUAAAAUGAAAAUGGGUCCCGACACGAAAACUUGAUUUUUGAUUUUUUGGGGAAAUCCUUGCUUUUUCUGUUGAAAUAGAGCUUAUUAUGCACAUGAAAGCAUUUUUUUUAAGUUUCGGUAAAAUAUUAUAAUUUCUGUUUUUACAGUAAAAAAAUUAGGUCCUGGCACGAAAAAUUGAGUUUUUAGUUUUCGCCUUUUAUUUCAAAAAUAAUUUCAUUUUUUCCAGAGAAGUGAUAGAACGUAAACCGGAAGAGUUCAAGAUCGCCUGUCUGACUGAUUUGAAGAACUUAUUCCCAGUAAAACAGCCAUUCUACGCUGGAUUCGGUAACCGUGAAACCGACGUCAAGUCGUACGUAGCAGCUGGAAUCCCACUCGAAAGAAUCCUUAUCAUCAAUCCAGAAGGCAAGCUGAAACGAGCCGACAAGAUUGGAUACGUCUCGUCGUAUUCAUCAAUGGCCAUGGAAACGGUCGAUUAUCUGUUCCCACCACUCAUGAAGGCAGAAUUCGUGAAAGCAGCGUUGGAAUCGGAAGAGGAGAGGGCCUGGUCAUUGCUACACACUAACUUCACGAAACCAGAAAAGUAUAGGUAAGAGAGUUUUUAACAAAUGAGGGGGUUAUUUAUGACAAGGAUGAGGUUUAGUAGGCUGAGGCUUAGUGGGCUUUUAGGCUUAUUAGAUUUAGGCUUAGUAGGUUUAGGCUUAGUAGUCUUAGGCUUAGUAGGUUUAGGCUUAAUAGUUUUAGGCUUAAUAGUCUUAGGCUUAGUAGACUUAGGCUUAGUAGGCUUAGGGUUAGUAGGCUUAAUAGUCUUAUGCUUAGUAGGAUUAGGCUUUGUAGGCUUAGGCUUAGUAGGUUAAGCUUAAUAGGCUUAGGCUUAUGCUUAGUAGACUUAGGCUUAGAAAUCUUAGGCUUAGCAGCUAGUGUAGUACUAGGGGACUUGUAAGCGAUUAAUUUCAUAUAAAAAAGUUAUGACACAUAAAGUGUGAUCCCCCGCGGAAAAAUAGAGCCAAAUCCCAGCACUCGCAGUCAUUUGUUGGGUCGUUUUACACCGAGGCAAAUAUUGUAUAAGGCCAUAAAAUUACAUAAGAAGACGUUACGUAAUACGAUUUCUUGCAGUUUCUCUAAGGCGAUCUUGUUAUGUUAUUAUAUUAGGUAAUAUGGCAGAAGUUUUUGAAAAUUUGUUACCUAAAAUAUAUAUUUGGGUCAUCAUAGACGCUAAUGAUCAUAAACAAUAUAUUAUACCACAUGAUGGGGGACGGAUGUUGGUUUUUUCUUAUUUUUUAGGGGAAGUGGGUUAAAAUUGGGUUUUUUAAGUGGGGCGGGGUAAAAAAAAUUUUUUUUUUUGAAAUUUUUUGAAUUUUUUUUUUCAUUUAGCGUUUUUUUAAAAUUUUGUCUAAAUCGAUCAUUUCCAGUUCGUUCACUCACUGGAGAGCGCGUCCAGACGAUUACUUGGACGACCUGGAAGUCGAAGCCUACGAAUCAAGGAGGAAAGACGUAUUGGCGGCCGAAAGAGAACGAAAAGGCUCCAAGUCCAAGAAGUAG